AUGUUGCAUAACCCAACUUUUACUCAAAGUGAUUAAUUCGAUUCAGGCAAGCGAUAUUAUCAAAAAUGCGACAACACAAUAAAAAAAAUGCAAACAAAGUUAGAUAAAGCAAUUCUAGACUCAAUAAAACGUUAAAAAACACAAAAAACGACUUACCAAUUCCGUUACGUUGGUACUACUUCGGUUGGCUAAGCUGUCUAUCAAGGUCAUUAAUUUCUAACCUAGGAUUUUAUCCAAAUACCGGAAAAACCUUUUAAUUGAACAAAUAACCCACGUUUUAGUAUUAAAAUUUAAAAAAUGCCUGAUUUAUUAUCAGAUGCUGCCGCUUUUGCUGCCACCACUAGUUCCUCAGCCCUCAGUGUGGUCCACUUUGCCGCUGAUUGGGCUGAACAAUGUUCCCAAGUCAACGACGUACUCGACACUUUUUCUAAACGUCCAGAGUAUUCCACUAUCAAAUUUUACAAAUGCCAGGCUGAAGAUCUUAGUGAGGUUUCUCUAAAGUAUAAAAUCGAGGCCGUACCUACAGUUUUACUUUUCCGGUCUGGAAAAGUUAUUGACAGAAUAGACGGGGCCGAUCCUGCGAAAAUUUCGGAAAAAAUUAAGACCCAUUGCAAUUCCAAAACUGAAGGUGUUUCGUUAGAGCAAAGGCUGAAAGCGUUGAUAAAUAGAGCCCCCGUGAUGUUGUUCAUGAAGGGGGAUCGUGAGACGCCCCGGUGUGGUUUUAGUAGACAAAUGGUGCAAAUAUUAAAUGAUGUUGGAGCUGAUUACGAGACUUUUGAUAUUUUGACCGAUGAGGAAGUACGUCAAGGACUUAAAACAUAUUCAGAUUGGCCUACUUACCCCCAGUUGUAUGUCAAAGGAGAGUUAGUUGGGGGACUGGACAUUGUUAAAGAAAUGCAAGCAGGGGGCGAGCUUGCAGCUGCCCUCAAGGUUUAGUCUUUUUAUCAGUAGACGAUGUCAUUCUUAUUUAUCAAUAAAAAUAAAUUAAUACAUGAUUAUCGUUA